AUGACCCCACCCCAAGCCCUCAUCUUCGACCUAAUGGGCACCUGCACAAACUGGCAUCCCGGAAUCGCAUCCGCCAUAUCCGCCACUCCAUCGCUCUCACACGUCUCGGCCCAAGAAUCCGCCCAGCUGGCCGCGGACUGGCGCGCGGGCUUCUUCACCGAGAUCCAUGAGCGGUUCCGCACCGGCGCGGGGACGGAGAGUAUCGAUGUGACGCAUCGGCGGGUGCUGGAUCGGUUGUUGGAUGAGAGGGGGUUGGGCGGUGAUAUAGGGGAGGAGGAGAGGGGGGAGUUGGUGGAGGCGUGGCAUACGCAGGGAGCGUGGAGUGAUGCAGUCGAGGCGAUAGAGAGGUUGAAGGAGAGGUUUAUGGUCAUCGUCCUCGCAAACGGCACCCCGAGACUCCAACUCGACCUCGUUCGAUCAUCAGAACUAUCUUUCCACGCGCUAUUCUCCAGCCAAUUACUAGGAUUAACCAAGCCCGACCCGGCGAUAUAUCGCAAGGCAUUGGAGUUGUUGCAAAUUGCCCCGGAGGAGGCGGUCAUGGUUGCGGCGCAUGCGUACGACCUGCGGGCUGCGAAGAGAGUGGGAAUGAGGACGGUGUAUAUUCGUCGGGAGACGGAGGAUUUGGAUGAGGAUAUGGAUGUGGUUCGGGAGGGAGUGGAUGUUUUCCUGGAGGAGGGGGAGGGGAAGGGGGGUCCGCUGAAGCAGCUGGCUGAUUUGUUUUGUGUGUAGCUGGGGUUAAUGGACUGGGGAUAAAUGGAAGACUUUAUAUAUAGUAUAGUGGAUAAUCCAGAGUAGAUGUGCAACUAUAACAAUAGUAAAUUCGCAUGAAGCCAGGCUAAGGAUGGAUGUGUUGGGUUGGAGAGAGAUCCCGUAGGA